CGCCGCGCGACGGCAUUGCUGCCCCGCCCGGGGCGCGCUUCCAACGCAGCCCCCGCGGCGCGCUGCGGGCCUCCAGAAGCGGUCGACGCGCUCAUCGCAGUGUUACCUUGGUAUACCAAUAACAAGGACCAGAGACAUGGGCAAGGGCUCCGCCGCCAGCGCCCAGGUGGUCCCCGCGGCGGACAGCCCCCAGAGCUACCGGUCGAGUUCGCCGUCGAAAUCGACCACAACAAACCGGACGAAGAACUCCCACGUCGCUUCCGUGUUACAUGCGAUCGCGAAGGCUGACGAGGACAAUCGUCACGAGAUUCCCUUUGACGACGUGCCUCCCGAGUUGCUAUGUCCCGACCGGUUGGAUUUGAGGGUCUGGUCUUUGUUGGUGUCGAACAAAACUUGCGCUACGAUAGAGAACUAUGUCACGGAACGCGAAUCGAAGUUCGUCGAAGACGCCAUGGCGCAACUAGCUGAAGAACAAAGGCAGGCAGACCUACCUAGGAAGAAGGCCAAGAAGGCUUCAGAUGAUAAACGAGGCGUUUCUGCAUCUAUGGCUGCUACGACGGAUGCGAGAUGGUUGGCAAGGCAGGAAGCCUAUGCCUUACAGCGAGCCAAGGUCGAGGCCGACGCGAGGGCGGGUGCUCUGGAAAGAUCGCAUUCCGAAGUAGGCUUGAAGGCGGUCAGGAUGGGUGGUGCUUCUAAGUUAGGAGAUAUCGGUCUUUCGCGGAUCGCGAAAUGUGCGCCGCGGCUGGAAGUCUUAGAUAUUUCGGGUGCUAUCGAUAUUCACGAUGUCGGUCUCAGGGAAGUCGCCUUGCAUUGCGUCCACCUCCGCUACUUGGAUUUAUCUGGAUGUUCUUCAUUAACGGGACCGGGAUUAGCUGCAAUUGGGGAAAGAUGCAACCAGCUCAAACACGUGUCCCUAAGAGGGUGUAGUAGAGCAGUCAACGGCUGGGCUCUAGCUGCCCUAUCGAAGGGCUCGGGCGAAGCUAUCGAGUAUCUAGAUAUGUCCCACUGCCAGCUGUUGAGCGACCACGACCUUAUGACGGUAGGGAAGGAUUGUACUUCUUUGACUUACUUAGAUGUCUCGCACUGCAAACAAAUAGGGGACCAGGGCGUCGUGGAGGUGUCGAACCACUGCUCACGAUUGGAAGUGCUCAAGUUAGCAAGGACGGAGUUCCCGAACAAAUUAACCGAUGUCGCCAUCUUGAGUAUAGCGGAAGGCUGCGGCAAGACGCUGAAAGAGUUGGAUCUGAAUGGUUGCGAAUUAGUGACGGACGUCGGCGUGUCCUGGUUGGCGCACCAGGCGGGGGCUACCCUUGAGAAAAUUCUACUGAGGAAUUGCGAUAGAAUAACGAACGCGGGAUGUAGGGCCUUGGCGGACCACUGCCACGUCCUGCAGAAGGUCGAUAUCCGGGGGGCUCGUCGUUGUACCGAUGUGGGUAUCAGGGUUCUAGGUGCGGCUCUUGGGGAACAACUACAACACUUGGACAUCGGCCAGAUGCACCUGUUGACGGACGGCGUCGACCGGGGCUUCGGCUUUGAAGGCAUACUAGCUCUAGCGCGCGACGCGCGGGCUCUACGCGUGUUGCGGCUGGACGGCUGCUUCCAGGUCUCGAAACGGUCUCUAGCUGCUCUAGCCAAGGGCCUCACGACCUUGCAGGAAAUCGGCCUCGCGGGCUGCCCGCGACUCCAUGCCAAGGAGUUUGGUGAUUUGUGCAAAGCGUCAAAAGACUCGCUCGAGAAGAUCUCGCUCGCGUGCUGCGGCGACUGCGUUUCUGAUGAUCUGGUGGUGAACAUGGCGCGCGGGGCGCCCCGCUUGAAGCAAUUGAGUUUGAGGGACUGCGAGCGCUUCGGCCAGCGGGGCUGCAAGGCCCUUGCUACCAAUUGUUUGCGACUCACAAGGUUAGAUCUGACGGGCUGUGCGGGCCUCACGGACGAGGCGGUCAACGAAUUCUCGACGGUGCGGUGGAAGCCGCCCGGCUUGAGGCACUUGUUACUAGCGCACUGCCGCGGCGUGGGCGAUAUUGGUCUGGCCUGGCUGGUGGAGGGUUCUGGUAGCAAUGAUAUUGUCACCCUUAAUCUCACGAAGUGCUCCUGUACCAGUGCAGCGUUAAAGUCGUCGCGGGACUACUUCCCCCACUCGGAGAUGAAGCGCGAUCCAGGCUUCUUCGGGUUCUGGCCGAAACCGCGGUGGGAGCAUCGACUGCAGAUCCAGGCGUUUGGUAGGGAUCGAAGAGGCAUCGUCAAGACCCAGGCAUCAUAUAGAGGGUAUUGUGGAAGACGCUACACGAAAGGUUUAAGAGCGUGGAAGGCCCUCGAGAAGGCUACUCUGGUAUUGCAGAAGCGGUGGCGCGGGUCCAAGGGUCGAGCGCGGUACCGCUACUUCCGGGCGAAGUUUAUCAGGGAGACGCACGCGGCGACCGUCAUUGAAUCCGGUGUUCGCGGUUCAUUUGCAAGGGGGAAAGCGAGACGGUUAAGAAAGGUGGACCAGUGGCGGAGAGCGUGUCGAGCGGCCAUUCUGGUCCAGGCCGCGUAUCGAUCGUUGGUCGCGCGGCGCUACGCUACGUUAAGGCUGAAGGAGGCUCAAAUACUGAGGGAGAAGCGACUCGGAGCCUCGAUCGAGAUCCAGCGCAUCUAUCGUGGGUUAAGGGGCAGGCAGCGCUUCCGGUUCUUCGAAGCUGAAAGGCAGAGAAAGCUGAUGCGGCGGUUCCGGGCGUGUCAGAAGAUCCAGAUGUGGCGUAGAUGUUUGUUGGCGAAGUGGCGUACCGACUUGCUAAGGGAGCAUUUCGAGAGGAGGCAGGCGUUGGAGCGGGCUACUGCUAUACAUAUCCAGGCGAAGAUUCGUACUUUUUGUACGCGUAGAGUUUAUAGAAUUAUGCGGCGAAAGUACGACGCUAGGAUGCGCAUUGCGUUGUUCUGUCAAUGCGCUUGCAGACUGCGGAAGUCCCAGAUCGUCGUGUAUGUCGCCGCGGCCGAAGGGAGACAUAGGAAGGAAGUGAACGCUGUUUGUUGCAUACAAAGAAUGUACCGCUGCCGGGCGGCUCGCGAUGAAUACGCGAAGCGGAAGCAAGCUUAUAUGGAGUACCUCGCAGCUCGACUCGACGCGACGAUCACCAUACAAGCGCAUUCAAGAACUUGGGCGGCCUUGGUGAUCUUCCGACAGUUGAAGGCGGAGAAGGACGAGUACGACGCGCGCAUGGCUGAAGUGACAAGAUGGGCCUCGUCGACCAUACAAGCACUGUAUAGAGGACAUUGUGGACGUAUCAGAGCCGUUGCAGUCAGGGAUGAAAAGCGGGCAAGGUGGAAGGAGAUGUUCGACGAAGACUCGAGAAGGCCCUUCUUCUACAACCAAAUUACCGGAGAGAUUAGGUGGCGGAGACCGCAAGAUUUAUUGGAGCUCAUGCCCCGGCCGCUCUGCGGCAAUUGCGAGUACUUCGAAGCAUCCUUGGAAUGUAGCGUAUGUCAGGAGUUCUUCUGCGCCGAAUGUCAUCAAACCGUUCAUUUUGGUGGCAAGAGAGCCAAACACCCAUUCAGAGCGCUGUACGAUGCGUUUGGUAAGCGCGUGGAUUACGGCGACGGCGACUUCGACCUGGGGAGCAUGUGGCCUUCCGAAAUUAUUCAAGAUGACAUUGCUGGUAUUUUGUUGAGGAUAGCGCCUCAUAGAGAUCCAGCCGAGAAGAUCGGGCUGUGGGAGCGAUAUGAUGAUGACGAGUAUCAGAAGUCCUACUACUACAAUCCGGUCUCGGGUGAGGGUACGUAUGACAAGCCGCAGGCCGUCCGGGAGCAUGAGCAGCUCACGGCUCUCCAACGGGCCCAGCAGCAGUCGCAGGAGCACGGCCUCGAGUACGACGACUACUACCAAGGUCAUGCAAGGCCCAUGACGGGCGUGUCCUUCGCGGGCCUGUCUCCCACUAGACCGACGACGGGCAUUUCCUGGGCGCCUUCCUCGCCGAACCGCCCGCGGACGGGCCUGUCGCAGAAGUCCAUCGAGUCGCACCAUUCCAACACCACGGUCCUAUCUCGGAAGGAGGGCGUCGACUACUCGCCCAUGAACACGCCCACUGCCUCCGAAUAUUCAAGAGCGGGGACCCCGGCGUCUCCUGAUUUAAGGGGCUGGACGCCGCCCGCGGCGCCGCGCGAGCUCGAGGCCGAGCAGGGGGGACUCUAAAGCUACAUGUUGUGU